GAGGGGGCGGCGGCGGCAGCAGGAGGAGCGGUCGGUCGGUCGGUCGGUCGGUACCUGAGGCCGAGGCGCGGCGCCAUGUCAGACGUCAGGCCGCACUUCUACAAGCAGGAGCUCAACAAGACCAUCUGGGAGGUGCCGGACCGUUACGAGAACCUCUCGCCCGUCGGCUCCGGGGCUUAUGGCUCCGUCUGCUCGUCUUAUGACACAAAAACAGGUGUUCGAGUAGCAGUGAAAAAGCUGUCCAGGCCAUUUCAGUCCAUUAUUCAUGCAAAACGAACAUACAGAGAGCUACGAUUGUUGAAGCAUAUGAAACAUGAAAAUGUCAUUGGCCUGUUGGAUGUCUUCACACCAGCAACAACUUUGGAAGAGUUUACAGAUGUGUACUUGGUGACUCAUCUAAUGGGAGCAGACCUGAACAAUAUAGUAAAGUGUCAGAAGCUGACGGAUGACCAUGUACAGUUUCUCAUCUACCAGAUUCUCCGGGGCCUUAAGUAUAUCCAUUCAGCUGGAAUCAUACAUCGAGAUCUGAAACCCAGCAAUCUAGCAGUGAAUGAAGAUUGUGAAUUGAAGAUCCUGGACUUUGGAUUGGCCCGUCAUACUGAUGACGAAAUGACUGGAUACGUCGCCACGAGAUGGUACAGGGCUCCAGAGAUAAUGCUGAACUGGAUGCAUUACAACCAAACAGUUGAUAUUUGGUCUGUUGGGUGCAUCAUGGCAGAGCUGCUGACAGGAAGGACAUUGUUUCCAGGCACAGACCAUAUUGAUCAGUUGAAGCUAAUAAUGCAGCUCGUCGGAACACCAGGGCCAGAACUUUUGAUGAAAAUAUCAUCUGAUUCUGCCAGAAACUACAUACUGUCAUUACCACAAAUGCCUAAGCGAAGCUUUGAAGAUGUAUUCAUUGGAGCUAAUCCUCAGGCUGUUGACCUUCUAGAGAAAAUGCUUGUGCUGGACACAGAUAAGAGGAUCACAGCAGCAGAAGCUUUGGCGCAUUCUUAUUUUUCUCAGUAUCAUGACCCAGAUGAUGAACCUGAGGCAGACCCUUACGAUCAGUCAUUUGAAAGCCGAGAACUUGAAAUAGAGGAAUGGAAAAGGUUAACGUAUGAAGAAGUAGUCAGCUUUGUACCACCAGAGCUAGACUCUGAGAGUAUGGACUUGGAACCAUGAGAAUCUUGCUUCCGUAUUGAGAUCUUUAUAUCACUUUCACUGUGAGGACUUGAUUGACGGACCUUUCCAAUAUUAUCAAGUGCCUGUCGCGGUCUUGAUGACGGAUUGUUUGUGGGUGAGGGCAAAAAGGAACUUUUAUAACAUUCUACGUCCUGCAUGUUUUGCUAAAUCAUGGGCAAUCACCAGCUUUUUGUAUAUUGCCAUUCUCAUUCACUGUGAACCCUUGAGUACCCUAACCAACUCGAACUCUUGCAAGCGCUUGUAUUCAACCCGGUAAACCUUUGUGUAUUUGUAUGCCUUAUUUUCAGAAUUGCAUACUAUUUUAAAUGUUUGACUUGUAUGUACAAAAGCCACCCAAACCUAACUAAAUAAAUACAGGCAGUAACCUUUAGUUUUAUAAAAGUACAAACGGGGUGUACAUUAAUUUAUAAAUGUAUUUUCUGCUCACAGCAUAAAAGGGGUGAUUUUUAUUUUGUGAUUUCGUUUUUAAAAAAACAACUUGAUUCCAUUCAGCAAUACUACUAAACUAAGCAAAAGCAUGUAUUCACUGUUUAUAAGGGAUUUGGAAUGGGAAUGUUAAAUAGCACAAAUUUUAAGAUUGUUGGGUAAAUUUACUUAUAUUUGUAAUAAAGUGCUUCACAACUCUCAUGUAAGGUUAAGUAGAUGAGCUGUAUAAAUAUACUUUAUGCUGAUAACUACUCCACUUGUUCAUGUACCUGUAAGAAUUCAUUGCUGUGUGACUUACUGAGUGUGACAUUGUAGUGUGACCAUCCUGUAAACCAUUCUGAAAUAAAUCCAAAUGCUUUUCAAAA